GUACUCUCAGCUCACCCGCAGAGUCAGAGGGGUCCGCGCGUUUCACUCGGCAUCGUCAGCUGUUACGUACGGUACGAGCCUACAGCACUGCAUUCUUUAGGAAUCGACGAAACAGAGAGUUAGCUGACCGAGAGAAGCAUUCGAAUGUGAACAUUUAAAGAGAUUAGUGCUUAAAACCAAAACAAAAACAGUUUUAGAAAAAAAAAACAUGACUGUUGGAAAGUGAUUAUUUGCCAAAACCUAUUUCGCUCAACUUCCAGUGUUUGUUUGCUGGCCAACAGCUUGCAUCAAAAUUGCGGCCAGGGGGAAAAAAGUGCUCACAAUGAAACCCCACGUGGCUCGCAGUCGAAUUCGACAGCAGCAAUUGAAUCCGGUGUUCCACUGGCAAAACAAGGAAGAGGACGAUAAGGUGCUCAGCAAGGUCAAGAUCAAACAAGCCCUAAAAACAGGCACCCUGAAUCUAUCCGGGCAAGGACUGGCAACGGUGCCGGAGAAACUGUGGAACCUAAGCGGUUCGGACGAUUGCGAUAAGGACGUGCGCUACGACUUGGAUCGAACGAACGACGAGGAAAGCUGGUGGAAUCAGAAAACGUUAACCAAUUUGGAUCUGAGUUCGAAUGCUCUCACCAGCAUUAGUGAGAAUGUGAGAAAUCUGGCGGAUUUAACUGUGUUGAAUCUGCAAGAUAAUGCUCUAACAGCUUUGCCGGAAGGAAUCGGUUGCCUUACUAAAUUAAUUAAACUCACUCUGAGUCGUAACAAGCUAACGGAACUCCCGGAAAGUUUCUUCAAUUUAAAAGAGCUAAAACAACUUAACCUUUCGCAUAAUGAGUUCGCGGAAAUUCACAGCAAUGUGAGUGAUCUGAUCAUGCUAGAAGUGCUGGACAUUUCAUUUAACAGUCUUAACUCGCUACCGGGUGGAAUCGGGUUCCUAGUCCGCUUACAACAGCUAACCCUUAAUAACAAUCGUCUCGUAGAAUUACCCAACGAUAUUGUCAAUUUGAGAAAUCUCCACAAAAUGGAAUUAACGAAGAACGACCUCAAACUCUUGCCCCCGGUAAUGGGCGAACUGCGCAAGUUGGAGUGCCUCUACGUGCAGCACAAUGAUAUCGGAGAGUUGCCCGAUUUUACGGGCUGCGAUGCGCUGAAAGAAUUGCACAUUUCGAACAAUUUCAUCAAAUCAAUUCCGGCCGAUUUUUGCGAAAAUUUGCCACAGUUGAAGGUACUCGAUCUUCGCGAUAACAAGAUCGAAAAGCUGCCGGAUGAAAUAUCGAUGCUGGCCAGCCUGACCCGGCUGGAUUUGUCGAACAACUCGAUCAGCAGUUUGCCUUCUUGCCUGUCGACGCUUGCCCAUCUGGUGAGUUUGCAGGUUGACGGCAAUCCGAUCCGUUCGAUUCGCCGGGACAUCAUUCAGUGUGGCACACAGCGUAUUUUGAAAACCUUGAGGGAUCGAGACGGUCCCGGGCAGCAGCGACAGGAGCAGGUGAAGACACCGUUCGAGGAAAGCACCUUCCCGGAUGUGUAUCAGAUGAAGAAGGGCCGAUCUAUGAUUGUGAGUAACAAGAAUCUGAUCGACAUCCCAGAGCAGGUUUUUCUCGAUGCGAUGGAAGCUUCGGUCUAUAAUAUCGAUAUUAGCAAAAAUAAGCUAGCGGAUGUUCCGGCUGGAUUGGCGAAUCUCGCGAACCUUCUGACGGAAUUAAACCUUAGCUUCAACGCACUCAAAACUGUCCCGUCCUUCUUCUCGCAGUUCGAUCGUAUUAGCUAUUUGAACCUUUCCAACAAUCUGAUAUCCGACCUGCCGGAAGUGGUCGGUCUGUUGGUUACGCUACGGGAGCUGAAUGUGGCCAACAAUCAGCUCAAGCACAUUCCGGCGUGUGUUUACGAGCUGAAGGGACUGGAAAUUCUGCUCGCUCGUGAUAACAAAAUUGAGGAAAUCGAUGCCACCGGACAGGGUCUCGGUGGUCUGCCGCGAUUGUCCACACUGGAUCUGGCCAACAACAACAUCAAACAGGUGCCACCGAUUCUUGGCUUGUUGAAGAAUAUUACUACAUUGGAUAUAAUAGGGAACGGUUUCCGACAGCCGCGUCAUCAAAUACUGGAGAAAGGAACCGAAUCGAUUAUGGCCUAUCUGAGGGACAGAAUACCAAACUAAGCAGUACCAAACAGUAGCAAGCUUUCAUCACCAAAAAUAGCUUUAUAAAUAAAUGUUUAUUGAUAAAAACACA